GAGAAAUAGUGGGAGGGAUAUACCAAUUGAAGUUGACUGGAAAAAUGUAUGAACACAAACACAACACAACACCACGCCACUUCCAGUUGAGACAGAGUUCCCACCCACCUAACAUGUAUUUGUAUUUGCACCUCCCAGUCUCACUUUCACAUUCACACGGUUCAUAUGUGAUGUGUAACAAGAAAAAUAUUGAUUUCGCGAACCAUGUAAUAACCACAUAAUUAAAUUAUUCUCUACUCGAAUCUUCUUUCUCUAUACAAUCAAGUCAAAUAAAAAAAUAACACCUAAUCCAAAUUGAAUUUCUCUUUCUUUAAUUCCUUUCAUCUCAUGGCACUUGCUUCUCUUUUCACUCCAACUCUCAUUCCCCUCCCAACAACCUCAACCUUCUCGAAGCCCCACAGCUCCGUACCUUCCUUCUCCUCCCGAACCAAAAAACGAUGUCGUAUCGUCCGUUCCGUUGCAGAGGAUCGGGAAGCAGUUUCAAUGUCAGAAAACAGACGAGUCCUUGAGGAGGGUUCUUCCUCUUCCAAAGCUGACAUAGAUGUUGCUCGUGAUUCUGAUGAUAUCUUCACCGGCCGUGCCAUCAAUGCCACCAUCGUUUUGGGAUUUGGGGCUUUUGCUGUCACCAAAUUGCUCACUAUUGACCAUGAUUACUGGCAUGGUUGGACACUUUAUGAGAUACUGAGGUAUGUGCCUGAACACAAUUGGAUUGCCUAUGAACAAUCUCUGAAAGCAAAUCCAGUUUUAGCUAAAAUGGCAAUAAGUGGAGUUGUUUACUCAAUUGGAGAUUGGAUUGCUCAGUGCUAUGGAGGAAAGCCUAUUUUCGAGUUUGAUCGAGCACGGCUAUUCAGAUCAGGUCUUGUUGGGUUUACUCUUCAUGGAUCUCUUUCUCACUAUUACUACCAACUGUGUGAGGUGAUUAUUGUAAAUCUUUGGUUUGGAACUGUUAGGUUAUUAUUAUGUGAAGGGUUAAAAUUGUUUGCAUUGUUUUCACAGGCUCUUUUUCCUUUCCAACAAUGGUGGGUUGUCCCUGCUAAAGUUGCUUUUGAUCAAACUGUGUGGUCAGCUAUUUGGAACAGCAUCUACUUUGUAGUGUUGGGCUUGUUGCGUUUAGACUCUUUCACUGACAUAUAUGGUGAACUAAAAUCAACAUUUUGGCCCAUGCUUACGGCAGGUUGGAAGCUUUGGCCUUUUGCUCAUUUGAUUACUUAUGGUGUGGUUCCUGUGGAACAAAGGCUUCUUUGGGUGGACUGUGUGGAGCUCAUCUGGGUCACAAUACUUUCAACAUAUUCAAAUGAGAAUUCACAAUCCCGAAAAUCUGAGGAAGUGUCAGAAACAAUGUCAUCUACUUCAAGCCAGAACUCUGAGGAAUAAAACGAGAAAACAUAUGGGAGAAAACUAUAUAAGUUCGUGGAAGUCACGAGGAUCGUCAACCUUGCAAAAGCAUUUGAUUCCUUGGCUUAAAAUUCAAACAAUCUGAGUUGAUGGUCCAAAAUAUUGAACAACCUUAGAAAAGUAGGGUUAAAAGUCUUGGUGGUAAUCUGAUACAGAAUACAGUUAUACUAGUUGUGCAUCCUUUGGCUCCUUAUACAAAAUUAUACAAGUCUAGGUUGUGAUCUUUAUACAUAAUACAAUUCGUUUAUUAUCUGUAAUUCUGUAUAAAGAACAUACUAUGCUGUAAAAUGUGAAAAAGCUCAUGUAAUUAAUAUAUAUUUAAGCAUUACAUUUACAAUUUCA